GAAUAAUGUGCACUUGUCGAUAUUCAUUCCGUUAGCUUUAUAAAUGCAUAGAUAUAUUUAUAAUUCAUCCAAAAAAAUACAGACAAUAGUUUUUAUGAGAACCCCGAAAACCAGACGAAACUCUGGCCAAAAGGACGGUGUAGGUCCGUCUACCUCGGCCUCCCUUGAUCCUCCAUUAGUAUAUUCAUCACUAAUUAAGUAUCACUACUAUUACUAUUUUGCAGAAAACAAUUUGUAACUGGAUAGCUCGUGUCGACGGCCCUCGACCGGCGGCACUUUCAAACCGGACCUGAAGCAUGGAAGGCGUAUAUUGGUGUAGGGAGAGUACAUUGUUACUUUUGGAAAAAGUAAAAAUAAGGGAACCAAUAUGGAACAUAAACCAUACAGACUUUAUGAAGAAAAAUUUGAAAAGAAGGUUAUUGGACGAGAUUUGUGAAGAACUUAAGAAGGUAUAUCCAGUGAUGAAUAACCUCACUACUGACAUGGUAGUCAGCAGAUAUCAAUACCUUAGAGGGCAUUUCCAAAAACAACUUCGGAAAUUUUAUAAUAUCCCAACUAGUUCCAGACGGACAGCUUCACAUAAAUGGGAGUUCUUCAAGGCAUGCUCCUUCAUGCAGUCCGGAUUCAUGAUUAACAACGAGUCAUGUUUUACAAGUACUCUAAGAAAGCAGCAACUUCCUUCAGACUCACCCAACACAGCAACCUCGCAAGCUCUGGUUGUGGGAGAGCCUUCUAAACAUGAGGAAGGAUCUCUGCCCAAAAAGAGGAAGCUGGGACCUCCUGAAGCCCCCACAGAUGGUUCAGAGGAUUGUUCUCAGAGGAGUAAGCAGCUGGCACCCAUGCUCAUUCCUCUCCACCCUCCACACUGCAACCAGACAGCCUUUAGAGCAACUGCGUCAGGAACUCAAUCUAUAAAAGAACGAGGAUCAGUGAAAAAUUCACAUCCUGCUAAACCCAAGAAGCACCAGGCUUUAAUUCUUAAUGACUUGCUAGAAGAUGCAACCUUUGCCGAUGUGACACUGACAGCUGAAGGGCAGUCAGUUAAGGCACACAAGGCUGUGUUGUCAGCCAUGAGCCCCUACUUCAGAAGUGUGCUGCAGAACAACCCAAGUCCUCACCCCAUUAUCAUCAUGCCUCUGGACAUGAAGUUUGAGGAUCUGAAAGGAAUUAUUAAUUAUAUAUAUGUGGGAGAGAUAAUAGUGCCAAGUGAGAAUUUGUCCUCGCUAUUUAAGGCAGCUAGAGUUCUUCAGAUUUCUGAUUUAUCCACCAUUGAUGCCACUGGCUUAAACACACCUGGUGCAUCUUCAUCAUCCAGUAACACACAGUUCACGCAUAAUGUUGAUACAGCCACACCAACUAGAACACUAGAUAUAGGUGAUACAGCCACACCAACUAGAACCAACCAGUCUGAUGGAGUAAGGGUCUGUACAAGGAGAAAGGAUGAUAUUAAUAAGAUGCAGUCAUCUAACAGAAUUCAAAAGCGCACAGUAUCAUCUGCCACUGACCAUCUGGACAAAAGUCAGAAACAUAUACACAUUUGGGCAAACCAUACUGCAGCAGACACUGAUGACCCAUUAGAUAUUAGCAACCAUAAGAGACCAGAAGGUGGAUCAUCAUCUGAACAGACAAAAGACAAAAGCUCAUUCCUGGAAGAUCUUCCAGUAUUUUUACCUGAUGGAGAAACCCUAUCAAGUGACAUAGAUUGUGACUAUUUAGAACAACAUGAAAAAGAAUUCAUUGACUCACAGCUUCAUUAUCAAGGAAGUGAAUGGGUUUUUCAUCAGGCUCCAAGCAUAAUAUCUGGUGAACUGAAUAAUGAUGCCACAAGCCCAGUGCAUAUUAAAGAAGAGUUUAACUAAAACAGUGCUAUUAUUGUUACUUCUUCAAAAUAAAUAUAUAUUUUUAAUGAAUUUUGAAGUUGUACUCAUUUGAAUAUGUAGAACAGGUCAUUAAGGAGGCAGAAUAAUCAUUAGUAUCAGAAUGUCAAUUAUUCAGUUACACAUGAAGUUCAGCUGAGAACCAGAAAGUUCAAAUAUCUCUUGAGGAAAUUUGUCUCUGAAAACUGAUUUCUGACCAGUAGUUGUUUUGUUAAUGCUGUUUGAUUACGUUCUUUUUAUAUUUAAGAUUUAUAUACCAAAUAGAAAUAUAAGUGUAUAAGAUUGUGUUUUUUGCAAAUAAAUAUAUAAUAUAU